AUGCAGAAGUGGGCUGUCGUGAUGGUCGCAGCGCUGCUGCAGCUGGGACAAGUGGUUUCCUUCAUCACCCAGCCCUCCUCGUCAAGCGCGCAUGCUCUCCGCGUCUCCUCCUCAGCCAGAGGAUGCUUCCAACGUCGCAUCAGCCAGGGCUCCAUGUCCUUACCUCGCUCCCGCUCCCCGUCGCUCGUUGUGAGCAUGGGGCUCGGCAUGGAGCAUGUAGGAAGGAGAGAGGUCUUGACCGCGAUGGCCUUCUUGUCCAGCAGCAUCCUCUUGCCUCUGCCCUCGUACGGAGGGACUCCUGUCCGCGCUCCCCUCCCCCCUGGCCCUGCAGACCCUGCGGAUUGGAAGAAACUGCAGGAUACGUUUAAAGUCCUUGAGAGCCUGGAGGGGAAGAUCCAAGACUCCUCGUCCUGGCCGAUCGUGAUACAGACUUUGUCGAAGGAACCGUUCACCAGGGAUUCGAUGGAGCUCAUGUUCAAGAAGGCGGCAAAGAACUUGCCAAAGAACAAUCUGUUGGGCGCCGAUGCGGGAGUCUGGACUGGGUUGAUGGUAGAGAGCUGUGAUGCGAUGGAAUCGCUCCAGGUUGAGAUCAACUUCCUCCAAGACGAGCUGAAAGCCGGCAAGAAACCUUCCGAUGCCGGAGAUCUGAAGACGUACUACAACGAAGUCAAGUCAAAGAUGCAGGCAGGAGCUUUCAAUCUCUCUAAAUAG